GGGCUUUGGUCCGGAAGCUGCUUGGUGUGUACGCCGCUAAGACUGUAUGUAUACGAGCAUCGGGUCCCAGACUCCGACUCUUACCGCCCUCUGAACCCGCAAGACCGGGAGCCGGGACUCUGUAGAAUCGAGCUGGCUCCUGGCCUUUUGAAGAAGUGGCUUAUAACACCUGUUGUGGCACUUGGCCAGGAUGGUAGAUGUGGUGCUGGUUGACUUCUCUGACGUUCCCUAUGAUUGCCUUCGCAAGUGGUUCUAUCAAGCAGUGGGAGUAAUGAGCGAGCACGGUCUGUCGUCACGGACACAGGUGUUCUUGGUAUCCAGCCAGAAGGAUCCAAAUAUUGCAGACACUGACAUCAAGGACUGCUUGUGCCAAUUCACAAGGGAGGUGGCUGUGCCAAAGAGAAGCCUAGAGGUCUUGGUAGAAAGCAGCUUCGCUGCCAUCCUGUACUCUAUCAAGCGGAAGAUUGAUCAAGAGAGUCUUGGUAUCAUUAAGGCCGUCGUGUCUGCUGAGAGGAAAAGCACACUGGAACUUUAUAUUGAGCAGCUUUUUACCAUGGUUUACAAAUUUUCAUUUGAGACGUUUGUGAUGGACGGCAAAGGAGAGGUAAAAUUGCCGUUGCCUGCUCCUUCCAUUGGGGAGCACACUCUCGCCUGUCAGCAAGCUAAUGCCAUCAGGAGGGACAUCGGGAAGUUCAUGGCACAGCUGGAAGGAACCAUGGGGCCACUUGUGGUUCUCAAGUCUCUGCUGAUAUCAGAUUUAUUUCUACAUGGCUUCACCACCCGAAAUGGUGGCAUAUCUUACUUACCGGGCAUGAGCUCCUUAAACCUCUUCAGCAGCUUGAAGCGAAGGGACCCAGUGGCUGUGGUAAAUGAAAAUAUCCAGCGCUUGGCCCAGAACGCAGGCUUUAAUGCACAGACCUUCUACCUCGCCAAGGUGAGCCAUGGCAACACCAUCUGGACCAUUGGGAAGAGUGAACCCCAGAGCUACGAUGGAAUUGUGACCAACCGGAAAGGCAUCACCAUAGCAGCGCCAGGAGCAGACUGCAUCCCUCUCCUGUUUGCAGAUCCCGUCCAACAAGUGUGCGGAGCUGCGCACGCAGGAUGGAAGGGCACGCUGGCGAGGAUUGCCACGGCGAUGGUCGACACGAUGGUAGCUGAGUUUGGGAGCAGUGUGAAGGACGUGUCGGUGGUAAUGGGCCCCUCCGUGGGGCCGUGCUGCUUCACGCUUCAUCAGGAGGCCGCCCAAGAUUUUGCAGCCAUCGACCCUCGGUGUGUGGAGGAGCCCGGUGCAUCCCGGCCACACGUUGACCUCAGGCGAGCCACCAGGGUCUUGCUGGAACGUGCAGGGAUUCUGCCAGAAAACAUUGGUGACGACUCAGCGGGCAGCAGGGACAGGAAGACAACACUUUGUACUGUCUGCCAUCCUGACUUGUUGUUCUCAUACAUUCGAGAUGGAAACAACUUUGGAACUCAGAUUGGUUUUAUCUCUGUCAGAGGCCAUCUGUAAUGCAUACAGGAACAACAUUGGCUACUGCGGGACUUCCCGUGUGGCUGAAGAGGGUGCGGAGAUCUCAGUUCUGAAUGAUGUCUCGAGCAAGGUCUGAAGGUAUUGCCCUGGAGAAGGUGGUGAUGAGCUCCCAUCUGGAAGGUGCUCCCACCCUGGUGUUGGGAAGGAGUUCCAGGAUUUAGGCUCGGUGACAAUGAACAAACGGCAAUUUAUUGUUUGUCCAAGUGAGUUGAUGGUGUUCCCCUGCACCUACUGCCCUUGCCUUUGGUGGUAAAGGUCGUGGGUUUGGGAGAUGCUAUUGGCAGAACCUGGGGGAGUAAGUGUAGUGCAUUUUGCAGGUAGCUUGCUCUGAAACUCCUGUGUGCUAUAGAUGGAGGGAAUAAAUGGGUAGAGUAUGGGGUGUCAAUUAAGUGGGCUGCUUUGCCUGUAUGAGUGUUGUUGGAACUGCGUCCAUUCAGGCUGGUGUAGAGUUCCAUCACACUCCUGACCUGUCCACGUAGAGUCCCAUCACACUCCUGACCUGUCCACGUAGAGUCCCAUCACACUCCUGACUUCUGUCCUUGUAGAGUCCCAUCACACUCCUGACUUCUGUCCACGUAGAUGGCUUUGAGUGGUAGGGGCGAGUCACUCACUGCAGGAUGCUUGACCUCUGACCUGCACUUAUUGCUAUGUUAAACGUAAUUGGUCCAGUUGAGUUCCUAGACAUUUGAUGUCCAGGGCCUUGAUGGUAAUUGCAAGGAUGGUUUGACACUCAUGUUGAUUGUCAUGGCCAAAAGUGACAGUGAAGAUUUGUUUUUCAGAAUCUAAUCUGCCAAGUUGACAACUGUGUCGCGCUACUACAGACGAAUGUAUUCAGCCAACACAUCGUACCUAGUCUUUCAUCGUCCUUCCCCAGGAACUGCCUUCAGCUGUUGUAAAUGGACUUUAAAAAUCGUGUUUAUAAAACAUAUUCAGGAUGUUUGCACAGGUGUUAAUAUUAUAGAAGAUCUUUUUUUUACAGUUUGAGUAUUUUUGGUUAGUGACCAUUGCUGUAACACAUACCUGAUCAUCCUUCCCCAUUAAAAUGAGCGCAUUCACUCGUACCAUCUUGUGUCU